GAUGAGUCUAGGCAGAACUACUGAAUGAUUCAGGGGAAAAAGUAUAUAGGUCUCGGCCAUAUGUGUUCAAAAAUUUUGCUUUCAAGCUGUGUGAUCCGCCCCUUUCUCCUCGUCCCACAAAAGACAGGAUUAGGUAACGUAGACUAAUCGACCAAAGCUGAGACGACAGUGACAUUUUUUGUUCUUACGCCGUACAGAAAACGUGGCGUGACGAGUCGACGAUCCUCCCCGUAAAAUACUAUCGCACUUUCCCUCUCCUCCCCAGUCGUAAAUAUUGAUUCAAGUUCAUGCUUCUCGUCAGAAACGGAGGGCUGCGAUAUUAGUCUGCAGGAGACACGCCUGAAGAGAGAGAUCACAUUUACGCCGUCGUCACAGCUGGGUGUGGUACGCUUUCCUCCUUCCCUCCACCAUGAGUGCGGCCCAGUUCUCCAUGCCUCCGAUGAAGGACCACCCGAUAUACCAUGGUCGAGUGUACGAGACGGCGGAGCCGGCUUCCACACAACCCGAGGUGCCCUACUCCACCGCGUCCGAUCAUAAGUACAUGGAGGCCCACCCCGUCACAGAGCUGCCCUACGAUGACCACAUGGUCGUGCCUUUCAAGUUCAAGGAUACUACCCACCACACCGAGAACUCCACAGAUCAAAGUCCCCGUGAAGGGAUCUGCAAAAUCUGCCACGAGGGCGAGACGGCAGGCCAGCUGAUCUCGCCGUGCCAGUGUACGGGCUCGCUGGGCCUGGUGCACCGCUCCUGCAUCGAGCUGUGGCUGUCCUCCUCGGGCUCCACCACCUGCGAGAUCUGCAACCAGCAGUUCCCCAUCACUACCAAGUCACGCUCCUUCCUCCAGUGGCUGAAGAACAAGGACAACACCAUGGAGAAGCGCACGUUCAUGGGAGACACGGUGUGCUUCCUGUUCAUCACUCCGCUGGCCAGCGUCAGCGGCUGGCUGUGCCUCCAGGGCGCCAUCAACCACAUCAAGCACAACAGCCCCACCGAGGCCGGCGGGCUCAUCGCUCUCAUGGUGGCGCUCUUCAUCAUCUACUUCUUCUGGUCCAUCGUGUCGAUCCGCUACCACGUGACCAUGUGGCUGAAGUGGCGCAAGAAGAGCCCAGAAAUCCAGCUGAUCGACCUGGCUGUCCGGUGCACCAAGACCCCGACCCACAGCCCACAGCCCAACAAAAAGGACCCAGAAACUGGCUUCUAAACUCUUCCCAAGUGAUCAGCUUGCAGUCAAUUUUCUAAUUGGCCAUCAGAAGUUUGAUGAUGCUAGGGACACAUUUCCAAACCUGUGCCUGGUGCCUGUCCAGGCAACUUGCAGGAAAAAAUAAGUAUGAUAAAAUAGCUUUUAAUUUUUCUUGAUUUGAUUUUACUUUUAUAUUUCAUUCCUGCCAACAGCCCGUCCAAGCCUUGGUUUGGAAAUGUGAUCCUUGCAUAAGACCACAUACAUACCAACCAUGGUUUCCCCAAGAAAUAUCAGCAAAUGGUCUAUAACUACAGCAAAUGAUCUGUACCUAAAGGGAAAGUGUAGUGUCCACUAUCAAGACUAUUCACUUCUUAUCAUUCAGCCUAAACUCUCACUCUACCUAAAUUCUAAUAUCUAUUAGUGAAUGCAGCCUCAGAAAUGGUAGCGAUCAAACAGUUUGACAUAUACAUGUAUCACUAAAAUGUAAAGUGGCAAUCAGAUAAAAAAAGCUCUGUAUCAUUUUUUCUUCACAUUUAAGACAUCUUUGUAAAGAGUAUGUACUCACAAUUAUAAAAGAUCCAACUGUUACAAUUUUGCAAGAACAGUCACAACAACCAUGUCAUCCUGCAAGUCCAAUGGGUCAAGGAUGUGUAGUCAUGUAUAAAACUGAGGAGAAACACAGGAACAUAUUUCUGUGUUCCAAUAAUUCACAUAAAAGCACUGUUGUGUACAAUCAACUUUUCUUUUUAUCUCAGAGAAACAAUCUAAACUCUAUUUCAAUAUCACACAAAUGUAAUGCAUAGAUUCUCACUAAAACCAAGGGCUCAGUAGUCUGGUGCCAGCUGUGUACAGCUUUAUCCUUUUUCCAAUGAUCACUCCCUGACUUAUGGGCUGUACAUGGCCGGAUAUCAGGCUACACUUACAGCCUUGAAAAAAUCAUCAUGUUCACUCAAGACAAUUACAGCAGAAAGAAAUAGCAAAAAGCAGGUAGAUUUCUAAAACUGCACUUUAACUUCACACAUGAUUUACUUACUGUUAAUCGAGGGAAAAGUUCAAUAAUGGACCUUUAACAGAUUCCAUUGCAUGCUGAAAGAUUCAGGCCACUAUGGGACAAACAAUAUCAUUUCCAUGACAACACAUAUGUUGUGCACAUGCACUGUGUCCAGCUUGGUCAAUGUUGUCAUGGUAGUGAUUUUGUUGCACCCCAGCUACAUGUACCCAUAGUGCCCUGCAUUACCCAGCAAUGAGAGGCUAUAUGAAUUUCAUAUGGUGAAAUUUGCUGACUUGAAUGGCUGCUAAAGCACUAAAUAAGAGCAAUAGGCAAGAAUGACAAUUUUGCUGCACAAUAACUAUUUUCUGUCAGAUCAUGGUAUAAACAAGUUAUAUUCAUUUGCUCAAUAGCUUUACUCUUACUUGCUUUUCAACGAACAGAUGACUCAGUUCAGUUUCACAGUGACCAGUUAAGAACUAUUCUGAAUUUCACUUUUUGUAUAAACAAAAGUUAUUUCAAGGAGAGAGACGAACACUAUCUCCCAAAUGGAACAUUGUAGAUGUGAAGCUUUGUUUUUUAAUGACCAAUGCAAUUUUUUCUGUGCUUGCACAUCUUGAAACAAGAGCGACGCUUGUUAAAGAGCAGAUGACCACAACAAUUGUAUCAAGAUUUUACUUGGCAAUUCUAUAACAUUUAUAAGAUGAUUAUCUUCAAAAUAAAGUUUCACUUUUCACGAAAUGCCAUUUGGGUCCAUGCAAGGAAGUUUAGGACAAACCUUUGCAUGUCUAAAAAGCCAAAGAUGCAAUCUGAAGGAAGACUUGAACACUUGAGGAUGAAAUAUUUUUCUAAAAGAUGUUUUCUCUAAGUUCAAGGUAUGAGCUACUUUACUUUUGUCUUAGAAAAUGCUUCACCAAUCCUAACAGUAAGUAUCAUUUAAAUGUGAAAAAGAUUACAUUGAGGACAUUAGUGGAAAUGUGAUGACAAUUUGGGCAUACUUUUGCAGCCAUUGCUGAUGAGUUUCAUAAAUAGAAGAGAUUUAGGACUACAAGUUUAGGGUUUCUGGACAGAAUAUUCUGCAAUUUCAAUGUUUGUACAAUGAUAUACAGAGCUGCUAGCAUCAUUCAUGUUUAAAUGCAAACUAUUUGUAAUCAGUCCCCAUGGGCAAAUCUAUAUGAAAGCUUUAGAAAGCACCCUACCAGAGAAAGUCUGGCUAAAAAUCUACAUCUUAAUUGUUUGUGCAACUUCAAGAUACAACAUGCUGUUUUUCUUCAUACUUUUUACUUUCAGAAAAGAAAAAAAAA